AUGAAAAUUCUUCGAAUUGAUAUGUUGUCAACGGACAGCGAAUUGAGCGAAUCAAAUUUUUACUCGGAUGGCCAGGGGAAGGGCUUAAAAAGGAUGGAAAAAAAAAAUACGAAUUGGGGUUUGUACAACCCAGGCAGUGAUGUAGACAGUGACAAGGAGUAUUUUAGUGACUGUUUUGAAGCAGGCACCAAAGAGUUGCCGAAUGAGGGGGAAUUUUUUAACGAAAGUGACACCCCUGAGGAGGGUAAAAAGUGCACGCUUGACAAUCGUGCAGGUGACAAUCGUGUAGGUGACAACCGCGCAGGGGAUAAUGGCACAGAGGACAGUGCCGCAUGCGGCCAUGGAGACGACGACUUAACGAGCGAUUUGGAAAACUUCCAAAGCUUCGACUUAAGCGCGUCCGACGUGGACUACAAAAGACUUGGGGAAAAGGAAAAAAUUUUCGAGCAGUACAAAAUUAAUAUAAGAACAGAAUCGGACAUAUCUUUUGAGGAAGAAAAAAGUUUUAGCCACAGCAUAGAACUAAGCGACAACGCAGAAGAGGUGCAAAGUAGGCCAUUGCACUUUUAUGGCGAAGAGUCGAAUGACAAACUGUUAGGAAGUGCAGAAAGAGGGGAGCAUUCUCUCGAUCUAAGAAAUGAUUCUGAAAGUGAAGUGGGCGAAAGGAGUGACCCUUUUGAAGGGGCAGAGGGGUUAACCAGGAAGAUAGAUGAUUCAAAUGAGGAGGAAACAGAGGGGGAGAGGGAAAAUCACAGGAAGGACGAAGCGGACGUGGAAGAAGAGCCAAAUGAAAAACAAAUAGACACAGGAACAGAUGAGCAAGACGGAGAGAGUGAAUCCGGGAAUGACACAAAAUUUGGCGAAACGGAGAAAACGGUGGAGGCGAGCGAAACAUCGGAGAGGGGCGAAAAUUUUAAUUAUAGCAAUAGUAACUCCAAAAAGGAACACGUGAACAAAAUGAGCUUAACCAGUGAGAAAAGGGAAACGAUUACUGAGGGGGAGGACCGCCCAGAUGGAAAUCACUCAUUUGUGCUUGUAGGGGGCGUAAGGGAUGGGAACCCCUCACACAGGGGUGCAGAUAAAGCGGAGAAGCGCGGUGGUGAAGUGAAAGAACUGGACGUGGCAGGAAAAGCGGGCCGUGUGCGAGACGCCGAAAGGAAGCCCAACCGAUUCCAUCCCCAAAGAAAUUCCCCCCUUUUUGACUAUUACUCCAGGGGGAAGAACGCGCAAAAUGGCGAAUGGGAAAGAAACCAGGACAACCAAAAUACGUACGAGCUGCUGAGCAGCAGCGCCUGCGAAAAGAGCGAGAUGGGGGACUGGCUUAGCAGUGAGCCUGAAAAUGGUGAUGGGGAUGGCGAUGACGAUGAAAUGAACCGUGAUGGUGGCAAAUAUAGGCACUAUCAGCAGCAGAACUUUUUUGCCAAAGAGCGGGGCCCCCAAUGUCUCUCCCCGCAUGGGAAAAGAAACAGCCUGGACAAAUCUGGCCAACAUAAAAUUUUCUUAAAAUCACCCCAAAUUCGGAAGCAAAAUUUUAGUGAGCCCCCUGAACAGUGCAGGCAAAGUGAAAAAAGAAAUGCACCUAACAGUAAGGCUGACCAUUACAUCUACACGUGCAGGCAGAAGAGUCGAGAAGGCAAAAACGACUUUAAUUAUCCUAAUUGCUAUAUGCCUCCGAAGAAGCCAAAUUUAUACGGGGAAAAGUUUUAUGAACGUAGGAAGAUGAGAGCACCCAGAAGUGUGAGCAAGCGGUCGGUUGGCGUUCAGAUAAAUUUGAAAGCCAAAAAAGAAUACAAAAAAAAGGGGAACACGAAAAGCGAAUGCUACAUUCCAAGUUCCCGAAGGGUGAAGGUAAAAAUACCCGUGUUCGAACUGAAACGGGUGGAGAUAAAGAAUUACGAUUUUGAUGCAGUUCUGGUGAAGGAUGGACGGGUUGUUCCACGGAAAAAGGAUCCCGCACGGGAAUUUCUCCGGGCCUACAUUUCGUACGUGAACGAGCGUUAG